AUGGCUGACGACUCUGAGCCUCAGGACAGCAAACUCUCCACAGCCGCAAACAUCGUCGGCCUCCUCACUUUCACUCUCGCGGCGCUCAAUCUUGUGAUUGUCCGAGUUCUACAAAACGAAAGAAGCAUAGUCAACCAACUCCGGAAAAGGGGGUGGAGGAAUUCUCUCAACGCCUUGGAACAGAAGAUACGUUACAUUCGGCUCUUUAAUCCAUCUUUCGUCGGCUUUGGAAGAGAUCAAAUCCAUGCCGGCCAUGCUUCCGGAGAAAGGUCCGACCUGGAAGACAAGCAGCCAGAAGAACGGUUAAGCGAGAUUUUCAAGGAUGUUCAGAAUUGUUAUGACCAGGGAAAGGUCAACGUCAACGAAACAGAAGCUAUUGAGAACCAUCUCGCCGAACAGAUUAGCCCCGCUGGCUACGCAAGAGCUACGAGACGGUUGAUAUCGCAAUGGGAUGUGGAGGGCUUUUACGAGGCGUCAAUGUCGGUCUGGAGACAACUUUACAAUCGGAGAGAAGCGCGAGAGGCUGCGGGUAAAUUGGAGGAAAAUUACCAGGAGUUGUCCUCCAUCGUGGCUGAUGUGGACUCGCACAUCUUGCUCAUACAGGGACUCAAAAUACUGCAGCUACAAAGCACCAUCGACCGUCAAGCGCAAGCAGUCAGCGAACUGGAGAACGUCAAAAAGACUCUCGAGGGAACACCACCAGCACCAGCUUCUUAG